ACAUUUAACUUGUUUCAUCUAAUAAGCGGAUGAGCAUAAUCUAAUAUAAUUCGUGAAAGUGAUUUUGGCAAUCUUUUAAAUAAAACGAUUUUGCCAAAUAAACAUCAUGUUAUAAUAGUUUAAUCGGAUGAUUUGGAAACAUAUCAUAAUACCUUUUUGUUGGUGAAAAUAAGAUGGCAUAUUCGAGCCACAUCAGCGAUAUUGUCAACUUGAAUGUUGGUGGAACAAGAUUUUCUACAUCACGUCAGACUCUAACGUGGGUUCCGGACACUUUCUUUACGUCCUUAUUAAAUUCUGAGCGGAAUGGCCGAAUAUCAAGCUUGCGUGAUGAAACUGAUGCAAUUUUCAUCGAUCGAGAUCCGAAGCUUUUCUCCAUAAUACUUAACUAUUUGCGAACUAAAGAGAUAGAUAUCCGCUCCUGUGACAUUCGUGUGCUUCGCCAUGAGGCCGAAUUUUACAACAUAUCUCCAUUGAUCAAGCGAUUAAUGUUAUGCGAGGAAAUGGACCAGUCUAGCUGUGGAGAUAUUUUAUUUUACGGAUAUUUGCCAGCACCAAACAUUCCCACACAGGAACAAGCUCUUCCGUCGUCUUCAACUAGUUCAGUCAGUGGAAUUACUGCGGCUUGUAAUUCUCUAUCUGGUACGACAUCGAACAGCUCAGCUCAAUCUGGUCCAUCUAAAUCUCAAAUAGAUGCUUUACCCGUACCAUCUACGUCGCAAACACCGGUGGCGUGCCCAUCGGUGGCAGGAACCUCUGGUGGUGGGCCGUUUCACGCUUCCUCUAAUCCACGACCUGGAUCGAUGGUACGAGUUCCAGAAUUUUCUCAGAGUUCUGGGUCGUCUGGUAGUAGUGCUGGCGGGGCCAGUGGAUCUCGUCAUGCAGGGCAUUCUAGGAACUCAUCUUGGGAUCUUCGAGUGUCAUACAACGGCAACGGGCGAAAUUCUCAGUGGGUACCAGGUCAUUCGCGAACCGCAUCGCUAGAUAUGAUGCGGCAUCAUUCUCGUAAUUCCUCUGUCGAUCUGAAUAAGUACAUUCGGAGCGAGGUUGGGUUGGUAUUUGGUCCAGGCCAAUCAUCUGGUUGGGCAGACCCAAUGCGAGUUCAAAUUAUAAAGGCUCAUCAUAACUGGAUUUUAGUUGCCUACGCGCAUUUUGUAACCUGCUACCGUUUGAAAGAUUCUUGUGGUUGGCAACAGAUUUUUGUUUCGCCUUUUGUAGAACAGACGAUCGAGCGGAUUGCUAUAAACGCGAAAAUGAGUCUUGCAACAUCUGCCGGCGAACAGUCACAUAGCAAAAUGGUUGCAAUCUCGUACGGCAGUCAAAUACGACUAUGGGGAAUCUCGGAAGAUGGAAGUAAAAGUGACGUUGGUAUUUUUAAUCUUAAUGUGCGCGUUGAGUAUCUCUUCUUCAUCGGAAGUCAGCUGGUAGCGCUUUCAUCAUCUGGAAAAAUCGGUGUUUGGCAUGCGAUGACUCAACAUUGGCAGAUCCAGGAUCUGGUUCCUAUUUUGGCAUUUGAUACGGCAGGCUCGUUUCUCCUACUCGGAUGCAAUAAUGGCUCAAUUUAUUAUAUAGAUAUGCAGAAGUUUCCACUUAGAAUGAAAGAUAAUGAUUUGCUUGUUACUGAGUUGUACAAAGACCCAUCAAAUGAUUCGAUUACAGCCAUUUCGGUUUAUUUAACACCUAAGACAACAAGUUUGUCUGGAAAUUGGAUUGAAAUCGCUUACGGAACCAAAUCCGGCUCAGUGCGCGUUAUUGUUCAACAUCCGGAAACGGUCGGCCACGGGCCGCAACUUUUUCAGACUUUUACUGUACACCAAAGUUCGGUUACAAAGGUAACCUUAUCGGAGAAGUUCCUCAUCUCUGUGUGCAGCGAAUACAAUCAUGUGCGCACAUGGCAGGUUACACGGUUCCGUGGCAUGAUCUCAACUCAACCGGGCUCGACACCGGAGGCUUCAUUUAAGAUUGUUUCCCUGGAAGCAGUGGAUUCCACUUAUAGCUACUCUGCCGGUAACGAUUUUGGGCCUUUUGGUGAACAAGAUGAUGAGCAGAUCUUCGUACAAAAAGUUGUUCCGGAUACAGAUCAGUUAUACGUACGGUUAGCAUCAAAUGGUGAACGUGUUUGCCUAAUUCGUUCGGUUGACGGGACAACCGUUACCUCGUUUUGUGUACAUGAGUGUGAGGGAUCGUCUAGAAUGGGUUCUCGUCCGCGCCGAUUCAUUCUCUCCGGUCACUGUAAUGGUGCAAUUCAGAUGUGGGACUUAACGACAGCACUGGAGAUUUUUAAGAAAAAGGAUCAAAACAAAAAGCUCAUAGGAGGACCCUCGGCCGAUGAGCUAAUUAGACUAUUAGAUCAGUGUGAUCUCAGUAACAGUCAUUGUUCGACGCCGUGUAUGUCACCGUGUCCAUCAACGAUUUCGUCGGGAGGAGUGGCCACUGCGGCUCGACUAAAACCGUUCAACGUGGCUUUUCUCAAUCAAUCUGCGGCAGCCGCUGUUGGAGCAGCAGCUGCUGGUGCUGGCCCACUCAAUCUAGACCAACCGAACUGAUCUACGCUAAGACGCCGACGCGGGAUUUGAAAAUGGUUGUGCUGUUAUCUGAAUCUGUGAGUGCAAUCGAGAUGCUGAAAUACAAAGUGAUAAUAAAUUACACUUUUCGGUCUAAGGUGAAUACACAUAUAUUCUCUAAAUGUGAUUUUAAUCUUAUAUGAUAAUAACGAUUUGUCAUAUGACACUCGCUCCAAAAGAGCGCUUAAAUUUAUCGACGUUGACUACUCUUGAUAUCAUUGAAACAUUGUCAACAAAGGCUAUGGCAUUAGCUUGUAUUUUAAACUUUAGCCAAUCCGAAUAUGUAGAAAUAAAUUAUAUUUUUAA